AAAAAAUAUAUAUAUAUAUAUAUAUAUAUUAAACAGAGUCUAUUAUUAAAUAACUCAAGAUCAUCUCAUAAAUAUAAUAGAAUGUAACUUAAAUUACAAGAUAACUUUUAAUUAAAACUUUAUUAAAAUUUCUUGAAAGAAAUUACUAAAUGCACAUAAUCGUACCUUAGGAUUUCAAUUCCACUAUUAGAUUCAAGCUCAGGGGAAAUCGACGCCGAAAAGGUCACCAGAAUCUUAGAAUCAGAGAAAGAAUGAAAACCGCCAGAGAUCUCCUUUUGUGGGUGUCGGCGAACCCCCUCUCUUAGUCUCUUUUUUGUUCACCGUUUUUCACCUUCCCUCAUCUUCACCAUUAAAUUCUCUCUUCCCUCCAUCUCCACCUUUGCACGUUAUUGGAGUGUCAUGCCCCUUUGCACACACUCACCUUCAUUUUGCAUUAGGUUCGUGUCGGAGGUGAACCCGACCUCUAGUCUGGAAUCCUUAUGAAUCUGGCUUGGAAGAGCAAUUCUUCCCGCUUUGAGGAGUAAGAUUGGUUCCCGUUAGGUUGUUUCCAUUGGUUAAUAUAACACUUGAUGAUGUAAUAUCAUUCUGUGUAUUAGCUUUUGGAAAUAUCUCCCGUUGAUUCCGAAAGGAUAAAUGGUUGAGAAGGCCUAAUGCCCUUUAGGAAAACAUGUAGUAGCCUUAGAGAGAUACCAACCCUAAGACAUGUUUCCCUUAGCAUCCCACCCGUGAGGUUUUUGUUCUUAUAUGCAUCUGAGGUAUGAUUAGUUAUUCAUCUUCUGCAUUUAGACAUCAUUCUUGAGGUAAGGAACAUUCCAUGCACUUUGUAUCUUCACUUUCAACCCCAUGCAUAAAAAAAAGAGAGUUCAUGAUUGUUUCACAUGUCAUAUGUCCAUCCUACUCAUUUCACAUUAAAUCUUCCAUAUGUCUUGAAAAUUUCACAUGUCAUAUGUCCAUUGUAUCGCAUUUUCCAUCUCAUGCAUUGCAAAAUAUAUUUUCAUGUUCAUC